CUCAGUCUCUUGGAGCCCAACAAGAGUAGCCAGCAAUCUAAUCAAUACAGUUCUCAUUUGCAUACAUCCAUUAUCCAUAACCUGCAACAAUUAAUUACCAACUAUAAUGGCUUUGGCCCGUUUAGCUUUGAAAAAUUUACAACAAAAAUUGGGAUCAUGCUCCUCCUUCUCUUUGCUGAAUCCAAGUGUUAGUGUGAGGAGUCUUAAUAAUAAUAAAAAUGUAGAGAAACAGAGAUGGUGUUCUGAAUUUGUACGACGUUUUUCUACAGAGACAGAAGUUGGUGGUGACAAAGGAAAAUCGGAUAAGCAAGAAGUGGCUGUCACUGAAGGUGGCAAGAAAUCAAAGUUGUUUCCGAGGAGACGCCGACGUGGUAGUCUUUGGAGACGCAAUGACUCUGACUUUGCACCUGCUCUUUUUGAAAAUUUACCAUCGGGACUUGGAAAUGCGUUGUUGCAAGCCACGGAGAAUAUCAACAGGAUAUUCGACAGCCUGAAUUUGAACCCCUCCCAACUAAUGGGAAGGUAUAAGGAGGAUGAAAAGAGCUACAAAAUCCGGUACGACGUGCCAGGGCUAGGCAAGGAGGACGUGAAGAUAACGGUGGAGGACGGAAUGCUUACAAUAAAAGGCGAACACAAGGAAGAGAAAGAAGAAGGGUCAGAUGAUGAGUUCUGGUCAUCAAAAAGCUAUGGGUACUAUAACAACAGCAUUUUUCUGCCUGAAGAUGCCAAGGCUGAUGAGAUUAAGGCUGAGAUGAAAGAUGGUGUUUUGACACUCACUAUUCCUAAGACUGAGAGGCCUAAGAAAGAUGUCAAGGAAAUUCAAGUUGUGUGAGGUUCUUUGGUUCAAAAGUAAUAUACUAUGUUGCUUUAACUCUUUUAAAUGCCUACUAAUGCAUGUUAGAUCCUUAGAAAGUAAUAUAUGUCGGAGUAAUAUAUUUUUGAAGGAUAUAACAUGGGUGCUUCAGCAUUUGGGAAGUUGAGCAACAUAGAUAAUAUGUAGUUGAGCCACAUAGAUAAUAUGCAUACUUACAUACUAAGUAGUAUCUGUACAAGGCAUGGUGUUUUUUGUAUAAUAAGUACUCUUGGGUUUCAAGAGGUUGUGAUAAGGGUGGUUUUGCUUUAUUCUUUCCUCAUAUUUUUUUUUUCCAUGAUUUCAACCGAAAAGAACCAUGAAAAAUCUCUGUAAUGCUCUGUUUACUUUUUGUUGUUUUUUCUCUUGGAAAUGAAUAGAUUGAUGACUUUCUAGUCUGUUCCAAACUAGAAUUAUGUCGUCUUCUGG